AUGGGGCACCGAAUGAAGGGGUUCGUGCCGCUCAAACAACACUUGGAUGAGCUAGUUGCGGCUGGGCACUUGGAUCAAUACAUUGACAGGGGUAUGUGGGCCGCUCCACAAGGGCAGGCCGAGCCAAAUGGCUUUGUCGUCCUGGAUGCAGCACCCCAAGGAGUAAUCAAUGUUAUUCACAGAAUCAUCGAACCAACACGGGUUUGCGAGCUGAGGGAGAUGAUCAAGAAGACCAAGCACAUAAGGGAAAUGCUCUCUGUUCAGCCUGCCGUGAAUAAAUGGAAGAUUGAGAUAAAAGACGUCUUAACUUUUUCAAGCAAGGACUUGGAAAGAAUUCAAACGCCUCAUAAUGACGCCUUAGUUGUGACUUUUCGCAUCAAAGACUUCGACAUCAAAAGGAUAUUGAUCGACCAAGGGAGUUCGGUCGAGAUCAUAAACUACGAUGCAUUCAAGCAAAUGAAGUUGGAGAACAAAGACCUGGCUCCAGCAACGUCUCCUUUGGUCGGUUUUAACUCGCAACCAGAAUGGUCGAUCGGAAAGAUCAUAUUGCCAGUCAAGGCUGGGUCAAUCACAAAACAAGUUGAGUUUUGGGUGCUAAAAGUCCUAUCAACCUGCAACCUGAUCUUGGGAAGGGGCUGGUUGCACGCCAUGCAAGCAGUAGCAUCGACUUAUCACCAGGUCAUGCACUUUUCUGCACUAGCCGGGCAAGUAGAAGAGGUUUGA